AUGAGACGGUCCAGAUUCACUGGCCGAUCCAAACCCAACAAUACAGAAUUCGGCUGGUACUUCGCUGGCGAGCCAAUGGACAAGAGACUUUCUCGAAGCGGGCGAAUCAGGCUAGUUCGUUACGGACCUGAGACGGAACCUUGUGCCCACAGUCGAUGCCCAUCGCCAUCUCCCAUUCCAGAAAAGGCAUAUUGUACCUGCAGCAGCACAUGCGCGAUUCACUCCCACAGGACACGCUCCCCAUCCCCGGCCAACACUGACUCCUCUAUUUAUGAGGUGAAGAUAGUAUGCUGUGGGGGAUGCCAUACUAUCAGACGCGAGGUUGGAUCCCCUCCACAGGUUGAGGAAAUACCCUGCUCCUGCGACAAUCGGUGUGAACGUCGCUCGCACGAAACAAGCCCGAUCACACCAAGCAGCAGUGACUAUUCUAGCUCCGAAUCAGCCACAAAACAAUAUGAUAACCGUCACUCAACAAGACGCGAGCGUCGCUCCAACGACACACGUCCCACAACUCCGAACAGCAGUGAUUUUUCAGACUACGAACCACCCAGAAGACGCCGCAGCGGCCACCGCACCUCCAAACGCGAACCAGAGCAUCAUCCGCAGAUGGAGAAAUGCCAAUGCGAGGCCCAUGCUCCCCGUCCCAACAAACCUGCCAUGUCAGCUCAGAGAUUCACCACAGCACCACGCUCCGGUCCAGUAGUUCAACACCACUGUCGCAAAGCAUCUUAUUGCGAAAGCCACCCGGAAUCCUGCCGAGCUUAUAUGCCUGUGCCUUCGCCAAUGCCGAGACCGACGCCACCUCCAACGCGCUUUCCCCGGUCGAGUGAAAAGUCCCGCCACAGCUUGGAUGUCAAAUCAGACCCAAAAUACACUUACAGACGGUCUGCUUCUCCUCCCAACAAGACGCCUCCCCCAAAGCCAGUGCCUUCAUCCAAGCGUACGUCUUCCAGACCUGAUUCUCAGCACUAUGGCCGUUUCCACGUGGAUGGGUUCCAUGCCGAUAACUCUGGGUAUUAUACUUAUGAUUAUGACGCUGCUUCUGAGACCUCUAUUCAGGCCAUGCCUGGCCAUGAUAGGGAUGUGGACGAGAGACGUUGUACUUUUUAUCACCGCUGUCGUCCGAGAUUCGAGUGUGGACUUGGCUGGGUUUGCGGGAGGAAGUGA